AUGCGUCUAAUUAACACCACGACACGGGAGUUGGAAAGCUUUCCGGAAGACACGGCCCCCCCGUACGCGAUUCUGUCCCAUACUUGGGGUGACGAUGCCGACGAACUUAGUUAUAUCGGGAUGAGAGAUGGAAAAGUCGAUAAACGUAGCCCUGGAUGGGCCAAACUUCGGGGAUGUUGUCAACGCGCAAAGCUGGAGGGAAUACAUUACGCCUGGAUCGAUACCUGCUGCAUAGACAAGACGAACCUAGUGGAACUUAGCGAGGCCAUCAACUCCAUGUUCAGAUGGUACAGAAAAUCGUCUAUCUGUUUUGUCUACCUAUCCGAUGUUCCGGACGACGACAAGCCUCGCCUCCCCCAGUCUGGCUACCGCUGUAGCAGAUGGUUUCAAAGAGGCUGGACCUUACAGGAGCUUCUUGCACCUAAAAAGAUGAAAUUUUACACUGUGGGAUGGAACUAUCUAGGAACCAAGGCUAAAUUACAUGGCACGAUCAGCAGUAUUACGGGUAUACCAAGCGAAGUGUUGCUUGGUGUCACUUCAGUACAGACCGCAUGCGUAGCUCAGCGGAUGUCCUGGGCAGCACGGAGAGAAACGAAGAGGAAAGAAGACACGGCGUAUUGUCUGCUUGGCAUCUUCAAUAUAUCGAUGCCGUUAGUGUACGGGGAGGGCGGGGAUCAUGCCUUUUUCCGUCUCCAGGAACAAAUUCUAAAGCACACAAGGGACGAUUCUAUUCUGGCAUGGGGUAUUACUGAUACGAUAACUGUUUCUCUACUCAAGAAGCAGAGAACUGUUAGAAUCCUGGCUGUGGCGCCAUCCGAGUUCGCAAAUUCCGGAAAUGUUGUUGUCCGAGAACCUCAUCCGUGCCUCGAGACCAUUAGCGUUGCCGCUGGAGGCAUCCGAAUUAGCCUGCCGCUGCGUCACUCUCACGGCGAAACGUACCUUGGGCUUCUUGGUUGCAAGCUGCAAGAGUCUGAGGAGUCUAGUCUUGAGAUCCCCCUUUGUUUGUUGCCAUCCGGCGAGUACGCCCGAGCCCAUGGGUCCCUCUGGCGUAGCCGUCAGGUCAAAUCCCUCGACAACAAACGGAAGCUGGUUUAUAUCACUAAUAACGUCCAAGACAAAUCUGCCGACGGCGGUGAAGAUCGGUACUUCAUUUACGACGAAGCAAAGUUUGCCCAAGCCAAACUCGAAUUGGUGGAAGUGUUCCCCCAAACCUCUUGGUGCAAGGACUCGUCCAUGUUCACAUGGAGAAUCAAGUCAGACAGGGAUUAUGAAGGUGAAAUAUGGGCUAGAUUUCGCUACCCUGAUCCGGACGCCAUGAACAUUCCGGACUUUGUUGUGCUUCUCGGAUUUAAACCGACAGCUACAACACCACGUUGUUGCGUCUUGAUAUGUGAUAGGAACAGCACCAUUGAGUAUAUGACGAGCCAUCGUGACAUAGUCAGGGAAUAUUUAUACGAAUACACUUGUGCAACUAACGGAUUCAUCAAUCUCGGUGUUACUCUCAAGAUUAUAUCGGAGACCACGGUUAAUAUCCUGCCGGAGAUAAUGCCACAGCUGCCCAUGACCACCAUCAAUCUCACGGCAGAAAUGGAUAGGGUGGUACAAAACUUCUUGAGCAUCAUGAGAACUUGGUCCGCUUACAAAAGGAAGGCAGAGAUCUAA